AAGCGUUAUCAGAAUGUCAUUUUGUGCAUGUAAAUCCAUGUGAUUACGAAUUGGGGUGGAUAAACUAGCUAAGAUGUGUGUAUAUACAUUUAUGUUUCAUUAUUAUAAAAUUGAUAAUUUAGGAAAUCUCAUUCCUUGAUAUAUUUUGAAUUUAUAAUUUAAAUCUCCAUCUUUCGGAUAUAAUAAAAUGCUUUGCUAAUAUGGACAUUAUAAAGAAGUGCACAUCUUAUGAUUUAUGUUAAAUUUUCUUACGUGUAUAGUGUAACUGUUCUUUUUAUAUCUUUAUAUGAAGUAUAUAUAUAUUUUUUUUUGAGAGAAACGUAGAGGUUAUGUAUUAUCCUAUUUAAGUGUCAAAUAAUAAAGAGAGAUAAAAAAUGCUAUGGCUGAAUCAGUAGCACAAGUUGUAGAAGAAGAAUUGAAUGGAGAAACAGAAUCAGAAGCCAGCAGUAUUUAUCAAUGUGGUUCAGUGAUUUCAACUGUUCCUGAUCGUCAUGGUUUUCUUGGAGGUUCACAGUAUAGUCCUGAAAGAAAGGUAACCAUACCACCUGAUGUUAUAUUGAGAAGAGAAAGAAAAUGGAUAAGAAUGUUAAAUAAUUGGAGUCUUUUUAUGACUACUAAUUAUCGAAAAGUCAGAGAAAGAUGCAGAAAAGGGAUACCACCUUCUGUAAGACUUAGAGCAUGGCUUAAUCUAUGUGGAGGACAAUUAUUAAUGAACGAAAAUCCUAAUUUAUACCAGGAAUUAAUUAAAAGACCUGGUGAUCCAAAAUACAUAGAAGAUAUUAAAAAAGAUUUACAUCGACAAUUUCCUCAUCAUGAAAUGUUUGUUGAAAAUGCACCUGGACAACAAGAGCUCUUUCAAGUAUUGAAAGCAUAUUCUAUUUUGAAUGCAAAAGUUGGUUAUUGUCAAGCUCAAGCACCUAUUGCAGCUUUUUUAUUGAUGCAUAUGCCAGCAGUACAAGCAUUUUGGUGUCUUGUUGCUAUAUGUGACAAAUAUCUUGUUGGUUAUUACAGUCAAGGAAUGGAAACAUUAAUACGCGAUGGUGAUAUACUCUUUGCACUUCUGAAGAGAGUUUCACCCGUUGCUUAUAAACAUCUAAAGAAACAAAAGAUGGAACCUAUUUUAUACAUGACCGAAUGGUUUCUUUGCGUUUACACUCGAACUUUGCCAUGGGAAAGCAUUCUACGUGUUUGGGAUAUGUUCCUUUGUGAAGGAGUUAAAAUUAUUUUUAAGGUAGGAUUGGUAUUACUCAAAGGAUGUUUGGGUAGAACAUCACUUACAAAGCAGUGUCCAACAACAUAUGAAACUCUCCAAGUUUUAAGAAAUCCUCCACAGCACAUAGUAGAAGAGGAAGCUUUAGUAUAUCAGAUUCAAAGGCUAAAUUUAAGCGAAGAAGAUUUUGAAUAUGAGCAUCAAAGACAAAUUCUUAAAAGAAAAAAUAAAGAUCAAGCAUCCCUCUCCAAUGCGAAUGGAAAUGGUUGAGAAACAAAGAAUAAUUUUGAUCCCAAAGUGUGCCUUCCCGAUUCUUUUUAUAUUGUAAAAAAUGUACAAUUAAACAUUUCAUAUAUGUAAUGUUUACAAGAGUACCUACAUUGUGCAAUAAGUAUACAAAUAAUUUAGAUGAAACCUUUACUUUAAAUAUCGCACAGACAUAUACAUUCCCAAACAGAUAGAGUGUAUUUAGUUACCCUUGUUUUUUUUUUAUAUUAUAGUUUAAUCUAAGAAAGCACAAUAUACAUAUAUAAGAUGUUGUAGCAUGCAUUAAUAUUAUAUUUCUAUAUAUAUACUAUCUUAUUGAUAGUAAUAAUAUAAUAACGUGUAAAAAAUAAAUCCAAAAAAAAAAUGUAUUUUUAAAUGAUAUGCAAUAAUGUCAUAAAGUAACAA